GAUGCUCUUCGGAGCACCACUGCCUCUGGAGGUUUUUAGGAUUUCGUCCUUCCUUUUGUCACUCGGCAGGGUUUCCAAUCGAGCAGCUGAGGUGGUAGGGACCGAGCGAUGUUCCGUCCUGCUGCUACCACCCCCGUUAGAGCGUGUUCCUGGGGGGUGAUGAAACGUGGCGGGGCUCCGAGGGUACGCGAAAACACAGUUGGAUCCUCUUUGGUCAUCUGCAAGAGCACCGAGAGCCCUGCGUUCGUGCCCGUCUCCAGCAGGCGGGGGCCCAGCCCGCACCUCCGAAGGCGGCAACCUCCGCCGCUUCGGCCCGGGCGGGGCGCUGACGGGCAGGGCCGCUGCCGGCCAGCGGGGCCGCCGGGCGCCAUGCCCGCCGCCGUGGUGGAGUACAGCGGCUGGAAGGAGGGCUACCGCUGCGGCUACUGCGCCUCGGAGCGGGGGAAGGUGUCCGCCGGUAUGUGGGCACAUUCAAUGACAGUUCAAGAUUACCAGGAUCUCAUAGACAGAGGAUGGCGAAGAAGUGGAAAAUAUGUCUACAAACCUAUCAUGAAUCAAACGUGUUGUCCUCAAUACACAAUAAGGUGCCAGGCUUUGCGUUUUCAGACCUCCAAAUCUCACAAGAAAGUUCUGAAGAAAAUGUUGAAAUUUAUUUCCAAAGGAGAUGUUUCGAAAGGAGUGAGUGAAGAAGAGCCUAUGGAUUCCCACAUAGAGGAUGUGGUCACGUGCGAUUUUGCAUACAAAAGUGAAUCUGAUGUCAGUCAGUCUGAACUGACUCCCUUGAGUGUGGAUCACUCAGAGAGGGUGGAGAAUGAAGAUAAGGACACAGGAGAAACAAAAGAAGAGGUGAAUGCGCAACAGGUGGAAUCGGGUUCUCUUCAGGUCUGUGCACAUAAAGACACAACAGUCCCUGGAGAACCAUCGCAUUCAGCUAAAAUUGUUCAUGCACCACCUAAGCCAGGGAAAGGGGCUGAUCUGAGCAAGCCACCAUGUCGAAAAGCAAAGGACAUACGGAAAGAAAGAAAACUGCAGAAACUCCUUCAGAACCAGACGUGCGCAUUUGAAGGCUCUGAACUUCAAGCAGGAGAUCAAGUUUUCCUCUUGCAAAACUCUAAAUCUAAAACAAACCAACCUAAAACCAUUGAAGACUUCGUUUUUGUCUCUUUACCUGAUGAUGCACAACACAAAUUAGAGGUGAGGGUGGUGAGAUCAUCUCCACCAAGUUCACAGUUCAAAGCCACAUUUCAGGAGUCUUACCAGGUCUAUAAACGUUACCAGAUGGUUAUUCACAAGGACCCACCUGAUAAACCAACUAUAAAUCAGGUGAGGUUGGUACCUGUCUCCUUUGAGGACCCCCAGUUCAAAUCAUCCUUCAACCAAUCAGCCACUUUAUUUGCCAAGUAUCAGAUGGCUAUACACAAGGAUACACCUUCUGACUGUGGCGAAAAUGAGUUCACACGAUUCCUCUGUAAUUCUCCUCUGGAGGCAGAGAAUGCACCAAAUGGACCAGAAUGUGGCUAUGGUUCUUUCCACCAGCAGUAUUGGCUGGAUGGGAAGAUAAUUGCUGUUGGUGUAAUCGAUAUCCUGCCCUACUGUGUGUCCUCCGUCUAUCUGUACUAUGAUCCAGACUAUUCUUUCUUAUCUUUGGGAGUCUACUCUGCGUUACGGGAAAUUGCUUUUACUAGGCAACUUCAUGAAAAAGCUCCUGAUCUCUGUUUUUAUUAUAUGGGUUUCUACAUUCAUUCAUGCCCCAAAAUGAGAUACAAGAGCAACAACAAACAAGAACGAGCGUGAAUCUUCUCCUGCGAGUCUCUUAAAACUGCAGAUAUUGUUCCUUCCCUGAGAUUUAUGGACUCUUUCUGGGUUUACGGCCAAAUCUUUGGUUCCUGGCUCCGUUAGGUUGCUCGGACAGUGCAACGCCAAGAGAAAACUUCCCUAAAGGGGCAGCUGGAGACCUUCUGCAGGAGGUGGUGGUGGAGUUGGAAUGUACCACGCUUCUGCCAAGCCUCAUCAGCACAACAGCCUCCCAGGGCCCAGUGUGAGCUGCUGUACGUCGAAACAGCUUUAGAUGCCACCAAAGCUGCCUAGGAGGCAGAAAAAUUUAGAAACAUUUUUGGACACUGUCCUUCAGAUGUGUAGAUCUGGGUUAAACUAUUGUGUCAAUAUUUAGUGGCAUAUGAUGCUACGCAUACAAGGAUUUAUUAUACUUUGCUCUCUAUUUUAGAAGUGUGUUACAAAUGCAUGGAAGUACAUGAAACUGCUUUUGUGUUUCAAGAUAUGCAUGAACAUGAAUACAGUGUGGAGUUUUAUUGAUUUUAAAAUAAAGCAAGGUGAUUGCCUGGGCAGUUUUAAAUUAUUUUUACUCUGAAAAGCAAGGAUUAUAAACUGUUAGAAUGUCAACAAAGUGCUUGAUUUUUGUAAGUGCAGUUCUAAUUUUAAUACUCCCCUAAUGCUAUAUUUGGAUGUAUGUUUAAUAUACCCUUCAAUUACCAGGUUUUGGUAUGAUCAAGACUUAACGUAGCAUAUAGUAUAGUUACUGAUUCCAGCCCAUUUGCCUUCAAACUUGUGUUCUUCUGCGAAGGUGAUUAUAAAGAAGAAAACAGUUUCCAAACAUCUGGCAUUAAGAGAAAACUGAAGUGUUGAUGUUUCAGCUCAGAGACUUUGGGGAUACAUAAUGUUAAACAGUGUGUUUUCCUAAACAUGCAAGUAGACAUUCGUGUACCUUUUAGUGCUAGUAAUUCGGAUGAAAGCAUAAUAGUGAAUCUGUUCUAACCAACUAUGAGAAUACUGUUGAACUUGGGCAGUUUUACAGAGCUGCAAGCAUGCACGUGUGCAUUUAUAUUGCUAAUAGAUGCAAAAGCUGCAUGCAGAAUUACCGCUACAGAAUUUGCUACUCUUAUUUCAUUUUGUUCCGUUUGGUAUAAUUAAAAUGGACUUGACAAGAAUUCCAGUACUGUAAGUCUAAUAUUUUGUUUGUAAUUAAGGAGACAGAAUUCAUUAACAGAAUAAGGAGUUUGAAAAUGAGUCAAUGUCAAAAAGAACAUGUUGAAAGGAUACAAUUAUUUUUACUGCAUUAUAUCCUCAGGCAGUUGUUAUUCCCUGCAAAAUAGCUUAACAAAAGUUCAAUACAUCUCUCUAUCUAGCCAUAUUUCUCUGUCUUAUUCCUACAUUAGUGUUCCUAUAUUUGGGUUCUUUCCCCACUUUCUUAUGUUUACUAUGCUCCCAGAGGGACUGAGAUGCAUCGAAGCCCAGAAACUGGGGGGCUCUCAGUUUAGUAUUUCUUCUGGCAACUAAUGUAGCUACAGCCUGUUUUUCAGUUUCAAGUGUUAAGGAGGAGGAGAUGAACAGAAGCUGGUAUGGGCUGUGGUGGCAAUUCAGGUUCUGCUUUCUGCAGCAUUGGGGUUUUUGGGUCUUACAGUAAAUGUUUGUGUGCGCUGUAGGGGAGGUGUGAUGCCUGGCUGCUCUGCUUUACGCAUUUCCAGUUUUGGAGACCACAUACCAUCUCUUCUGUGGUGACAAAACUUUACACAUUUUUGCAGUACAGAUUUUUGUCUCGUUUUAAGACUGUUCCACUGAGAUCAGUAAUGGCUUGAGUUCAGACGUGUGGUUUCUGAGCUCCACAUGCUGAGAUGGUCCCUAGGUGAAGUAGGAUGGUCUCCUGCUGAGAACGGACUCCUCGGAGAGCACAGAGAGGCUUUGUUUACAAAUUCUCUUCUCCUAGCAAACAAAGCAAGCUUGUUUAAUAAACACUUGACAAACAACAUGGACCUAAAAUUAGAAUGCUUAUUUAAUGAAUGAAAAUUUACUAUGGAAAUAAACAUUUUUAGGGAUAAUAGAAGACACUUCUUUUAAAGUGCAAUUCUUUUGAUGGUCCAACAUUUUUGUACAGAUACUUGUUGGUACUUCGUACAGAUAGCUGUUGCUUUACUUGCUGUUAAGGUUUAAGUUCUAACACAUGCUUGGAAUACUGUGGUAAAGUGAGUCUUUUUAUUUAUUUAUUCAUUUUAUAAUCUGCAGAUGUAAGGGAGACAAGUAGGUUUAGAUUUUUUGGCAGAGGUGUGUUACUCUAUCCUGAUAAUAUAAAUUGUAGUCACUUAAACACUGAAAUUUAUCAUUGCCUGAUUUUCUCCUUCAGAUUUUUAGUCUGAAUAACAUUUUUGUGUGUGUUAAGGAUGUGUUAACUUGAAUUUUGCAAUAUUAUUUAGUCAAGAUCCUGCAGAAAUGAAGUUUUUACUAAUAAGCUUUCCUGUGCUGUCCACUUUGUCCUACAACUUUACUCUUUUCUACUAUCCUAAGAUUACAGUUAACACCUAUUUGUGUAUAUGUACCACUGUUGUUGAAGUUGUUUCUUCAAUACUGGGUUGUGUGUAUUUCAGCAUUGAAUGACUAAAGGUAAAUUAUUUGGCUUUUACUAUUGUUUUUUAUUGUUGGGCUUGAAAAAACAUGUCAAGUGUACCAUAUAUUGAUAGAAAGCUUAAAGUUAUAAAUCUUGUACUGUUCUGAAUUAUCAAUUCAGAAUAUUAUUUCUUGUUCUUAAAUGUAUGAAAGCAAAUAGAAAUGAAAAAUGCUGGAGUGGCAAUUUUUAAAGUGACAUUGUUUUUCAACAUGAUUUAGUGGCAUAAAUACUAUAAAUGCUUUUGAAAAUUCCACAUAGCAUAUCUUAAUCUAAAGCCAACAUCUAGCAUCUGAAUUCUUAAUUAGGAGUAUAUUUCAACUUGUGAAUAUCACUGUUUCACAAUUUGAAAAGCUGUCAAUUAGUCUAGUAUUUAUUAUGUCUUCAAAAAUUCCACAGACUGAGUCAGUAGCUGGGCAUGAAGGUGAAGUAUGAAAUUAUUUAUUCAGUAUAAGGCUACCAUCAGCCCAGACUUUCCUGGGUAGGUCUUAUUUUCUUGCCCUCAGAGUCUUGUCUGGAUAGAUUUUUGGCAAGUUCAGUGUGUUUCUAGCUGAGUUUUUGGAAACCCCAUUAGACGCAGAAGCGGGACUUUGGGAAAGUCUAGUACAGAGGUAGUAUUCCUGGUGGUGGUUUGAUGGGUAUAGGUGGUAAGGGAAAAAUAGAUCUGAUGUGUAAGGCUGAGCAGAAGAAGGGGCACUGAGUAGCAAGUGGUAGCCUGUGCUCUGAGCGGCAGUUGGGUGGUUGAGUGGGAUGAAGGGUUGAGUUUUGGAGCUGGGAGAAGAGAAGGUUUGGGGCACCAGGGAAAACUCUUUUAGGAGAGUUGUUGGAGAGACGCUAGGAAAGAUCGGGAAAGCUCGGACACUGAUGAGCACUGGUGCUUGCUGGGGAAAAUGGCACAAGGUCUUGCAGGUAACUGCAGAACACAAUGGCUAUAAUGGGGAGUUUGAUUUGGAGAUAGACAUACAGGCAAAGAGUUGUCAAAAGCAUUAAAAAUACAGAGAAAUUAAUGGACAGAAGAAACGCAGGUUUCUGUGUGCCCUGUUGGUGCACAGUGAACAGUUUUAUCCAGAAGCUGAGAAUCUGCAGCUGGGUUAAGUUGCAAGAGCGAUGCAUGUGUUAUGCAUGUAUAAAAAGAGUAAAUUGGAGACUUCAUAGAUACCUGAAAAGUAAAUACUGUAUCUUGCUGUGGAAUAUACCUGCUUUUCUCUUGUGUCGUCCUUUAGAAUUACUGCUUUAAAAGAUGAGAAAAAACAAAUUUGAGUUGAAGUGAGUCAUAUGAGUGAGGGUAGCAGGUUUAGCCCCCGUUUUCUUUUAAUCAUCACAAAGGAUUAAAAAGUUAAUUUGCAUUGGUUUCCUUUUUGGUACAUCAUAAUUACAGUCAAUGUUUUUAAAAAAUAAAAAAUUACACACACUGCCCUCACACCUAUUUCUGUUGUGCUGGUGGUUUAGUUCUGGUGAAUGUUAACUUUCUGGUUCCCUGCGCAGUUGUAUAGAAAAAUGUUUUAAAAUAUGCUCACUUUCAUUUAAAUUCUAUCAAUUUAAUUUUGUGUUUGGAUUUUUUUUUUUCUAUUAAAUAAACAUGGUCUGUAGUGUUUUUACUUUGAUAACUAGAUAGUAGAAGCCUCUUUGACAGGGCAUUAAUUUAGCUUUCCUGUGGAGUAUGUCUGUAGGCAGCUUAGAUGAAUGCUGUUCUUUUAGAUAUGACUCCAGCUAGUGAGGUAUUAAUGAAUGUUUAAAGCUAUUUGAUAUCUAUGUGACAAUUUUGUGUAUGUAAGUGUAAAGUGUGAGUAUGAUAUAUUAGGCUGUGCAUAUUUUUCCUGUGAUUAUUUCACUUUAUGUUAAAUGUAAGAAAAUAAACUUUAAUACUUAA